AUGUUUGGAGAAUAUUUAAUUAUUUUACGCGUUAUGGCAUCUACAGUUUUCGCUUUUUGUCUUUUUAAUACAAUGGCCCAAGCACAAGCAGAUUCCACACUGGAAGCGGACCUUUUUCUACGCAAUAUGCUUCUUAGACAGUAUUUAGAUAGUCAGAUUUUUGGAGCAAAAGCGGGUCUUAACCUUGGUCUGACAGAAGUGGAAAGUAGAAAUGAAGUAUCUAAACGAUCUGUGCCACGUAUUUCAUUUGAAUCUGAUUUUUCUUUUGAUAAUAACGGUUUCUGGCGUCAACGUAGAGCACCAGCAGAUUUGAGAUUUUCAAAAAGGCUAAUACGUCUCUCUGAUCAGUAUACGCCAACGCCUUGUAGGUAA